AUGGCUAUCGAACGACUCCAAGAGAACAUGUGUCAGUACAGUAUUUCGCCGGUGUCUGCUCCCUUCUUUACAAUCAUCAUCUGCUGGGAGCUCGCAGCUGAAGUGGGCGAGAUCAAGCCAUCGACAACGAGUUUAGCUGAUGAAGAAGAAGUCAAGAAGAAACGAAUCACGAAACCGCCACAAAAGGAUCGACAAAAAUUUCGUUUCACCCCGUGGACCCCCGAGCCUCUUCUCGCAGCCCCAUCACCUCCACCCACACAACCAAUCCCACAACCAGAGCUCACCCAGAAACGAUGUGUCACUUGUGGAAAAGAAUUCACUUAUGAACUCGAGAAUUCUUUUUGGCUUGAAUGCAAUCACACAGUCCCCAAAUUCUUCGCUCAUGAGCAAUGUUUUGUCAAGGCUCUCAAAGAACAAAUCCCGAGUCUGGAUGGAAGAAAAAGAAAGGAUUGGAAGAAGGCGUUGUGUGUGGAAGAUGGAUGUAAGGGACAUCUUCUCUUCUGUGAUAAAGUCAUCAAAGGAGUCCCACAUGGAAAUCCGAUCCUCUACGAUGAC